UGGGCCAUGAAGCACUUACACGGCCUCUCGCUGGCUACUCUAGUCGGCCUGGCCACCUUUUCAACCGCCGCGGAUAUUUCCUACGUGACUGACCUCGAAAUCUUUACAUAUCUGGCGCCAUGUGUGUCCAGCGCCAUCUCGUACAAUGUCGCGAUGCAGACCUACUCGACCAUGUGCGGCGACUCGGAGACUGAGCUGCAGAAAUGCAUCUGCUCCACCAGAUUCAACCAGGUCGCGUCUUCCAUCUCGAGCGACGUCACGUAUAGCUGCGGUUCGAGCGCGAGCGAUGAUCUUUCGAGCGCGUCCAAGUUGAUGGACAAGUACUGUCAUCAAGACAAGGACAUUACAUUCUUUUCUCCGACGACGAAUGUUGUCGAGGCGUACAUUACCGAUCUGCCGGAGCUGGCUUAUCUGCCGCCAUGUGCGCAGUCAGGAAUCUCAUAUGCCGUUAUUGGAGUGGCUGCGUAUCGAUGCCCUGAAGCGGCCGAAUUGAAUGCGCCUUGCGUCUGCAACAAGAAGGACGUGGUUCACGACAUCACCGAGACACUCAAGAGCUCAGUCAAGUGGUCUUGCUCCAACAAUCAGGAUGUCACCUCGGCGCAAAACUUUUACAGCGAGUUUUGCGCAAUGAAUGACGGCACUACAUCCUUUGCGACUCCAAAGGGUCCUCCUGGAGAUAUGUCUUACUAUAUCACCGCUUUACCUCAGUAUCAGUCGCUUAACAAGUGUGCCCAGAGCGGUAUCGAGUCUGUUGUCUUGGGGCAAAGCUCUUGGCUAUGCGGCGAAGGACCCCAGGAACUCGCCUCUAGUCUGACCUCAUUGGUCAAGGGUUACUGCGACAGCACGAAUAUCGGCAACGUGACUUCAGCUGUCGAUGUUUUCAAGUACUACUGCAGCGCGGCUGAGAGUUUGGUUGUUGCUACUGUUGGUGAAUCCAUCCAUCAGUCGUACCCGACUGCGAGUUCUGGGGCUGGUGCUGGAACUGGUGCAACUGGUCCUGUUCAGACGGGCUCAGGACAUGCGACUUUGACUGGCAGUGAUGGCCUUCCUGAAGAAACUGGUUCCUCGGGUUCGAGCGGUGACGACAACAGUACAGAAAACGACAAGAACAAGGACGAAUCAGGAGGGACGAAUAUCGCACCGAUCGCGGGUGGAAUUGCCGGUGUCGUGGUCGUCGCCGCCAUUGGUAUUGGGUUGUUCAUGCUCAUCCGACGAAGACGACAACGUCAAGCUCGAGGGGUAGAAAUCUCGAACCCUGGCGACGGUCGUGGUGAUGGUCCUCCAGAAUACACCGGCCAGCCAGAACUCAUGGGCAACAGCGAGUACAUCAAGGGUCAUUACGCACCACCAGCCGUAUCCGAGCUCUCAUCAACAUCCUCCCCAAAACCAGAACUAUAUGGAGGAAAGCCAGUCGUUGAACUCCCACCUAACCACGCACCAACCCCUGAGCUACAAUCUCAUCCCGCCAAGCCCGUGUACGAAUUCCCCUCGAACCCAGCACCGACGUAUAAUCCGCAGUCAAACAUGGGAUUUCAGUCUGGACCCGUGGAGUCGUAUGAGCUGGACUCGAAUGUUGGACGGUGGGCAAAGUAG